CAAACGGUCACAUAUCCUGAAACCGCUCGUACAUGCGUAUAAAAUAUGGCUGCCAACGUGGAGAAACCGCUGAAAAGCAUGAGUUUGGAUGACGCGAAAAAGGCACGAGUCUUUUAAUUGUUGAAUUUCUAAGGAGUUAAAGAUUCGAUAUUUAUGCUUUUUCGCUCAUUAUCGCGUUAUUUUCAUCGGAUAGGAUCCUUUAGUUUUCGGGCAAUGAGUUCGGUUCGUUCGAUUUCCUACGUUUUCAUCAAAUAUCAAAAUCGAUCAAACCCUAUAUUUUACUCCUAGACUUAAAUCCUUUCAUUAAUUCGAAAUAUUAGUGGAAUUUGAUUAAUAUCAUUGUUUUAUUAUGCUUUGCCCGUCUCACAUUUUUCCCCAAUUACUUCGUUCGUUUUCUACUCUAUACUAUAGGAUUUGGUUUUAUUUCUUUGUUUUUUAAAGAUAUCAUUAAUUAUCAAGGUCGGAAUAAUGCCUGAAAAUACUUUGUACACUUAGAAAGCUUUUAGUAUAUUUGAUAAUCUUUAAUUACUCUUGACUACUGAUUGCAUCAUAUAUUGCGUCAGAAUGACUGUUAUAUAAGAUGAAUUUUACCUAUUUACUUUAUUCAUUUGUGCAUAGAGUUUUGGCUUUAAUAGCUGUUAAUUACAUACAAGAUGAGUUUAGAACAUUGCUUUGCGCAAAUAGAGGGUGGAGAGGUUAAGCAGUCUUUCCCGACUGAAAUGAACCCCCCACCGGAGUAUCUUAGCGAAAGGCUGCAAUUGUGGGACAGGUUGAAAAAAGAGCACGAUGAAUGGAUCUUAAAACAAGAUCAAAAAGAUAUAACUGUUACUUUACCAGACGGCAAGCAAAUUCCUGGUAAAUCAUGGAAAACUACGCCUUACGAAGUUGCAGCUUCUAUAAGCAAAGGCCUAGCCGAUAAUACAGUUGUAGCGAAAGUAAACGAUCAACUAUGGGAUUUAGAUAGACCUUUUGAAGGCGAUAGCUCUUUAAAACUUUUAAAGUUUGAUGACAAAGAGGGAGAAUACGUAUUUUGGCACUCGAGUGCUCAUAUGUUAGGGGAAGCUAUGGAAAGACAUUACGGUGGAUGCUUAUGUUACGGCCCUCCGAUUGAAGAAGGUUUCUACUACGAUAUGUUUAUUGAUAGUAGACAAGUUUCGCCUAACGACUUCAAGCACUUAGAUACAAUCAUUAAGGGAAUUCAAAAGGAGAAGCAACCAUUUGAAAGGCUAGAAAUGAAGAAGGAAGACUUGUUAGAAAUGUUUAAAUACAACCAAUUUAAACAUAGAAUUAUAAAGGAGAAAAUAAAUACUCCUACUACUACUGUCUACCGAUGUGGUCCCUUGAUUGAUUUAUGCAGGGGUCCCCAUGUUAGACAUACUGGUAAAGUUAAGGCUCUUGCUAUUCAUAAGAAUUCGUCUACUUAUUGGCAAGGAGACUCGAACGCUGAAACUCUACAGAGAAUCUAUGGCAUUAGUUUUCCCGACAGUAAACAAUUAAAGGAAUGGGUUAAGUUUCAGGAAGAAGCCAAGAAAAGAGAUCACAGGAGACUUGGCAAAGAACAAGAGUUGUUUUUCUUCCACGAAUUGAGCCCUGGUAGUUGUUUCUUCUUGCCUAAAGGAACUUUUAUUUACAAUACUUUGAUGGAAUUUAUAAAGGAAGAAUACUGGAAAAGAGGUUUUCAGGAGGUGGUCUCACCAAAUAUGUAUAAUGUUAAACUGUGGGAACAAUCAGGUCACUGGCAACAUUAUGCUGACAAUAUGUUCCACGUAGACGUUGAAAAAGAAAAGUUUGCUUUAAAACCAAUGAAUUGCCCAGGUCACUGUUUGAUGUUUGAUGUUCGUCCAAGAUCUUGGAAGGAACUUCCAUUAAGAUUAGCUGAUUUUGGAGUCCUGCAUAGAAACGAACUGUCUGGUGCUCUAUCUGGUCUCACUAGAGUUAGACGAUUUCAACAGGAUGAUGCUCAUAUCUUCUGUCGACCAGAUCAAAUCAAGGAGGAGAUAAACGGUUGCCUUGAUUUUUUGAAAAGCAUUUACGAUGUUUUUGGAUUUACAUUCCACUUGAACUUAUCUACCAGACCCGAAAAGUUUCUAGGAGAAAUUAGUAUGUGGGAUGAAGCCGAAAAGCAGUUGGAGGAGAGCUUAAAUAGCUUUGGUGCAAAGUGGGACUUUAAUCCUGGAGAUGGUGCGUUUUACGGACCAAAAAUCGAUAUUACGAUCAAAGAUGCUUUGAAGAGAUCGCAUCAAUGCGCAACUAUUCAGUUAGACUUCCAGCUUCCGAUUAGGUUUAAUUUAUCAUAUGCCAGUGGUGAAGGUCAAAACGAAACCAAACCAGUUAUGAUUCACAGAGCAAUUUUGGGUUCUGUUGAAAGAAUGAUUGCUAUUUUAUGUGAAAACUAUGCUGGAAAAUGGCCAUUCUGGCUAUCACCAAGACAAUGCCUUAUUGUUCCAAUUGGACCUGUUUUUGAUGAAUAUGCAAAGUUCGUUGGUAAGAGUAUUCGCGAUGCUGGAUUUCAAUGCGAAGUUGAUUUAGACGACGGUACUACAAUGAAUAAGAAAAUAAGAAAUGGACAAUUAUCUCAAUUCAACUUCAUUCUUGUUGUCGGUCAAAAGGAGAAGGACAACAAUACUGUUAACGUUAGAACCAGAGAUAACAAAGUUCAUGGAGAGAGGUCAAUUGAAGAAGUUAUCGAGAGAUUUAAGGAAUUUAAGAAGACUAGGAUUCUUGAUGCAGAAGAAAAAUUCUAA